GGCGCAUUUGCCUGCACGCCGAGGCGUCCCGCGCGACUCGCCCGCCCCGCAGCCCAGCCAGCCCAGCGCAGCCGGCGACUGACCCGCCACCAUGUCGCGCCCGCUCUCGGACCACGAGAAGAGGAAGCAGAUCAGCGUGCGCGGCUUGGCCGGCGUGGAGAACGUGUCGGAGCUGAAGAAGAACUUCAACCGGCACCUGCACUUCACGCUGGUCAAGGACCGCAACGUGGCCAACACGCGCGACUACUACUUCGCCCUGGCGCACACGGUGCGCGACCACCUGGUCGGCCGCUGGAUCCGCACGCAGCAGUACUACUACGAGAAGGACCCCAAGCGUAUUUAUUACCUCUCCUUGGAGUUCUACAUGGGCCGGACUUUGCAGAACACCAUGGUCAACUUGGGCUUGCAGAACGCUUGUGAUGAAGCGACUUACCAGCUGGGCCUGGACAUGGAAGAGCUUCAGGAGAUUGAGGAAGAUGCCGGUCUGGGCAACGGAGGCCUCGGGCGUUUGGCAGCUUGCUUCCUGGACUCCAUGGCCACCCUGGGGCUGGCCGCCUACGGCUAUGGGAUCCGCUACGAGUUCGGCAUCUUCAACCAGAAGAUUUCCGGGGGCUGGCAGGUGGAAGAGGCGGACGACUGGCUGCGCUACGGGAACCCCUGGGAGAAGGCGCGCCCGGAGUACAUGAUCCCUGUGCAUUUCUAUGGCAACGUGCAGCAUGACCAGGACGGGGUGAAAUGGGUCAACACGCAGGUGGUCCUGGCCCUCCCCUACGACACCCCCGUUCCCGGGUACCGCAACAACACCGUAAACACCAUGCGUCUUUGGUCUGCCCGGGCUCCCAACGAGUUCAACCUGAAGGACUUUAAUGUUGGGGGCUACAUCCAGGCAGUGCUGGACAGAAACCUGGCCGAGAACAUUUCCCGGGUGCUGUAUCCCAAUGACAACUUCUUUGAAGGCAAGGAGCUACGUCUCAAGCAAGAAUACUUCGUGGUGGCCGCCACGCUCCAGGACAUCAUCCGCCGCUUCAAAUCCUCCAAGUUCGGCAGUCGGGAUCCCGUCCGCACCUCCUUUGACGCCUUCCCAGACAAGGUUGCCAUCCAGCUCAACGACACACACCCCUCCCUGGCCAUCCCAGAACUCAUGCGGGUCUUGGUGGAUAUUGAGAAGCUUGAGUGGGAAAAGGCUUGGGAUGUUACGGUCCGCACGUGCGCAUACACCAACCACACGGUGUUGCCGGAAGCCCUGGAGCGCUGGCCGGUCCACCUCUUUGAGACCCUCCUGCCGCGGCACCUGGAGAUCAUUUAUGAAAUCAACCAGCGCUUCCUCGAUAAAGUCUAUGCCAGGUUCCCCGGAGACCUCGAUCGGUUGCGCCGCAUGUCCAUGGUGGAGGAAGGCAGCGUGAAGCGGAUCAACAUGGCCCAUCUCUGCAUCGUGGGCUCCCACGCCGUCAACGGGGUGGCCCGCAUCCACUCGGAAAUCCUGAAGGCCACCGUGUUUAAAGACUUCUAUGAGUUCGAACCCCACAAGUUCCAGAACAAAACCAACGGCAUCACACCCCGCCGAUGGCUCGUUCUGUGCAACCCCGGCCUGGCUGAAAUUAUUGCUGAGCGCAUCGGAGAGGACUACAUCUCCGACCUGGAUCAACUGAAGAAGCUGUUGCAAUUCGUGGACGAUGAAAGCUUCAUCCGGGAUGUGGCGAAAGUCAAGCAGGAGAACAAACUGAAGUUCGCUGCCUACUUGGAGAAGGAGUACAAAGUGAAAAUCAACCCCAACUCGCUGUUCGACAUCCAGGUGAAGAGGAUUCACGAAUACAAGCGGCAGCUGCUCAACUGCCUGCACGUCAUCACACUGUAUAACCGGAUCAAGCGGGAGCCAAACAAGCAUUUCGUGCCACGGACGGUCAUGAUUGGAGGCAAAGCUGCACCCGGAUAUCACAUGGCCAAGAUGAUUAUAAAGCUAAUCACAUCCAUCGGAGACAUUGUCAACAAUGACCCCGUUAUUGGCGACCGGCUCAAGAUGAUCUUCUUGGAGAAUUACCGCGUUUCCCUGGCUGAAAAGGUGAUCCCCGCGGCGGACCUCUCUGAGCAGAUCUCCACAGCUGGCACAGAAGCCUCUGGGACCGGGAACAUGAAGUUCAUGCUGAACGGGGCACUGACCAUAGGCACCAUGGACGGCGCCAAUGUGGAGAUGGCGGAGGAAGCCGGCCGAGAGAACCUGUUCAUUUUCGGCAUGCAGGUGGAGGAUGUCGAGGACCUCGACAGGAAAGGUUACUGUGCCAAGGACUACUACGACCACAUCCCCGAGCUGAAGCAGGCCAUUGACCAGCUGAGCAGUGGCUUCUUCUCCCCCAAGCAGCCGGAUCUCUUUAAGGACAUCGUCAACAUGCUAAUGUACCACGACAGGUUCAAAGUCUUUGCUGAUUAUGAAGCCUACUUACAGUGUCAGGAGAAGGUCAGCGCUCUUUACAAGAACACCAAGGAGUGGACAAAAAUGGUCAUCAGGAACAUUGCCAAAUCCGGAAAGUUCUCCAGCGACCGCACCAUUGCACAGUACGCCCGAGAAAUCUGGGGGGUGGAGCCCACGCGCCAGAAGAUCCCCGCCCCCGACGAGCCCCGGGAAUGAGCGCCCAGGCUCCCCCGCGCCGUCUCCCCCGAACCACCAGCAACUUCAGCAGGGCCCCUUUCCUGCUUCCCAGCUCCAAAAGUCCAACCGCUUCCCGUCCGUAGGAGGAGGAGGAGAACCGAACGGCCCCUCUCCGCCGCGCCCCCUCCAUCCUCAGAUCUGCAGCCCAAACCUCUGUCUCCUGCUUUCAUGCAGAAAUGCCCCCGGGGGACCCACGCCCUGCAUCCCCCCCAUUGUGACCCAUCUCUGCUGUUUAACACCGGAUGAACACCUUGUCUGCCUUUAUUUCAAAGGUGCUUGUUUCCCUGGGGUGAUUCUGCGUACGGGCGCCUCCUUUUAAAAGGUGCUUUUCUGCCCCAUUUUUACUUCAAAGGCAGCGUGGAUUUUAUUUUUCUCAUCUGCAAAGCAGGCACCCUUGCUCAUCUUGUCCAACGGGGCAUACGGAAAGAAAACCAAAGCGAAAACCAAAUAAACAUGUUAAAAUGA